GUCAACGCUCGCGGUUCCAUGGCGAUCAGUGUGGUCCCAAUUCAAUGACACUGUCGCUAAAUAAAGCUGUAUUCACAGAUUGUAUUGGUGACUGUGUUUUACAAGCGACCUUCACCAACCGUUUACAAGGAGAUCUGUAAAAACAUCUAUAUAUUGGGUUGCUUCGACUGUAAGGUUAGCUAGAUUUCACGUAAAGGCUUCUGUGGAUAACAGCAUAUGGAGACUUACUACGAUCAUAAGUGAAAUAUCAAUCAAUAAUAAUUUGACCAUGGCUAGUCGUGUAUCAGCUAUUUUGUUAUCGCAAAAUGCAACAAAUUGAUUCCAAGCAAGAUACGUAUUGAAAAACAAAAAGACCAGCUUCAUUCAUACACGGCAUCCUUGACAGAGAUGGAGUUUCUCCCAGUACUCGAACCUCUAGAUAAACCCAAAGAAGGAAUAUGGUAUGCUUUGAUACCAAGGGGAAGUGCUCCAGGUGUUAGCGUGGGUCACACCUGCACGUUUAUUCCAUCUGGAGAUGGAGGAAAAGGCAGAAUCCUUAUUGUUGGGGGAGCCAACCCCAGCCGUAGUUUCUCACAUUCGGAUACCAUAAAUUUAGAUAAUCAUGAAUGGGACAUCCCAGAGUGGGAGGGUUUGGACUCACGGUAUGAACACUGCAGCUUUGUGCCCGAGAGCUGCCCUCAGAGCCUGUGGGUGUUCGGAGGGGCACAGCAGAGUGGCAAUCGCAAUUGUAUUCAGAAUCUACAGCUAACAGAGAGUAGGUCUUGCUGGAAGAACGUAGUGGUGAAUGGCACACCUCCCAGUCCUAGGACAUACCACACCAACUCAGCCUCCCUGGGGGACAGACUGUAUGUCUUCUGUGGUGGGGAGGCAGGAGCUGAACCUGUCUCAGACCCCAAACUUCACGUCUUUGAUACAGGGUCUUCCACCUGGUCUCAACCAGAAACACACGGCAGACACCCACCAGCCAGACAUGGCCACAUUAUCAUAGCGGUGGGUUCAAAGGUCUAUAUUCAUGGAGGCAUGGCUGGAAACAAAUUCCACAACGACAUGUACUCGCUUGACACAAGGAGCAUGAAGUGGGAAAAAGUACAGACCAAAGGAGAUAUACCACCAGGAGUAGCAGCCCACUCAGCUGUGGUGCUGGGCAACAACAUCUACGUUUUUGGAGGGAUGACAGCAGAUGGAACCACCAACUCCAUGUACAGAUUCAACACUGACAAAUGUAGGUGGGUCCUCAUGAAGUUUGAAGGGGACAUGCCACCAAACCGCCUAGACCACUCCAUGUGUUUAUUGCCAUGGAAGGUGUGUGGUGAGGGGAAUGGAGGAGAGGAGGAAGCCAGCAGCACAGCAGCCUCAGAGACAAUAAAUCUGGCCUUUGUGUUUGGAGGGAUGGACACCCAGGGUGUCAUUUAUAAUGACUGCAUUGUGACUGUGGUGACCUGAUGUGCCUUGAUUUUGUAAUAUUAAUUGACCAAAUUUGCAAUAAAAAAAAAUUUGUAAAGUAUUUGCU